UCAUCGGUUGCAAGCCACGGCAUCCUUACAAGCUAUCAGGAGCUGGUGGAAGACCGCUUCAGGAAACCUCAUGCUUUUGCUGUUCCUGGCCAGUCAUACCAGUCCCAGCCACGCCACCAUGAUACUCACUUUGGUCGCGUGACUCCUGUUUCACCUGUGCAGCACCAGGCAGCCCCUGUCAGUAGUGCCACAAAGCAAGAGGGCUUUGCUGUUCCUGCUCCUUUGGACAACAAAGGAACUGGUUCCUCUGUCAACAACAGUCUGAGAUGCCGGAGUGUGAGCCCUGCUGUCCAUCGCCAGCGUAAUCUCAGUGGAAGCACUGUUUAUCCUGUUUCAAAUAUACCACGCUCUAACCUGACACCUUUUGGAAGUCCAGUGACUCCCGAAGUUCACAAUGUAUUUGCUAAUAUCCAUGCAGACACGAGUGCCAAUAACAUAGCACAAAGAAGCCAGUCAGUCCCGUUGACUGUGAUGAUGCAGACGGCCUUCCCGUCUCUUCAGAAACAAACAAACACUAAAAAAAUAACCAAUGUGUUGUUAAGCAAACUUGAUUCUGAUAGCGAUGAUGCAGUGAGAGGUUUGGGAGUGAACAACAUGCCCUCAAAUUACACAGCCAGGAUGAAUCUCACUCAGAUUCUAGAGACGUCCGCCGCUUUUCCUAGUGCCAACCCACAAAAUAUGAUCAAUUCCAGCACUUCAGUUUAUGAAUUCCAAACACCAAAUUACCUCACAAAGAACAGCAGCACCGAUCAGAUCAGUUUUUCUUCUGGAGAUAACCAAGCACAAUCAGACAUCGGAGAGCAGCAAUUAGAUUUUAGCAGCACUGUAAAAGACCUUUUAGGGGAGGACAGUCUGCCAACAAACCAGCAGCUGGUGAAUCAGGUGGCAUCAGAUCUCAAUAACGUUGCAUCUGUCUUUCCCAGCGACAUCAGGUUGUCUUCCGAGCUCUCAGGCAGCAUUAACGAUCUGAACACUUUAGACACAAAUCUACUGUUUGAUCCAGGUCGUCAGCAGGGACAAGACGAUGAUGCUACACUGGAGGAAUUAAAAAAUGACCCCUUGUUUCAACAAAUUUGCAAUGAAUCCAUUAACUCAAUGACUACAUCAGGUUUUGAGUGGAUGGAGAGUAAGGAUCAUCCUGCUGUUGAAAUGUUGGGUUAAUCUUGUUUUAUAAUAUGUA